UCCCCAUGCCUGCUGCCCCUCCCCCUUACAACCCAUGACAGCCUGUCCUGAUAUAGAUGGGACCUGGGACUGGUUUAAAAUGACAGGCUCAAGUUCUUUGAGGAAGAGAAGACUAAUUCAAAGGAGCAGCCAGACAAGCUUCCUUUCUCUGCAGGAAUAAUUACUAUCCCACUUCACCAUGGCCCACCUGGGAGCCCAUUUUGCUUUUAGAUCCCGCUGGCAGAAGACCGACGAUGAACUCUGUCGUCAUAGCAUGUCCUUUAUCCUUCACAAAGCCAUUCGCAAUGACUUCUUUCAGAGCUACCUCUACCUGCUGGAAAAAAUUCCCCUGGUAAAAUUGUAUGCUUUAACAAGCCAAGUCAUUGAUGGUGAGAUGCAGUUCUAUGCCAGAGCCAAACUUUUCUACCAAGAAGUACCAGCCACAGAAGAAGGCAUGAUGGGAAAUUUUAUUGAACUGUCCAACCCAGAUAUCCAGGCCUCUCGUGAAUUUCUUAGGAAAUUUGUUGGGGGGCCAGGGAGAGCGGGAACUGGCUGCGCCUUGGACUGCGGUUCUGGAAUAGGAAGGGUCAGCAAGCACGUCUUGUUGCCUGUUUUCAGCAGUGUUGAACUGGUGGACAUGAUGGAAUCCUUCCUCCUUGAAGCCCAGAGCUACUUGCAGGUUAACGAGGACAAAGUUGAAAGUUACCACUGCUACAGCCUGCAGGAGUUCACACCCCACUUAGGGAGAUAUGACGUCAUCUGGAUUCAAUGGGUCUCAGGGUACCUGACCGAUAAGGACCUUCUUGCAUUUCUUUCCCGGUGUCGAGAUGGUCUGAAAGAAAAUGGUGUUAUCAUACUGAAGGACAAUGUGGCGCGGGAGGGCUGUAUCUUCGACCUGUCUGACAGCAGUGUGACUCGGGACAUGGAUAUCCUUCGAAGCCUAAUUAGGAAGAGUGGACUGGUGGUUCUGGGCCAGGAGAAACAAGAGGGUUUCCCAGAGCAGUGUGUUCCGGUGUGGAUGUUUGCGUUGCACAGUGACAGACUCUCUUGAUCAGCAGCGGGAAUGAAUGAGCCACCAGACUGGACGAUGGUGCUUCAGGACUGGGUGUAUCUCCCAGGUGCCAUGUGUGAUGCAGACAGAUACGGAAAGAAGGGAUACAGUGCAUGUCUAGAAUGAUGGACGAUGUAGUAUGUACAAGCUGUUGCUACUGUAAUGCACACGCUGUGAUGUGUGGACCUUUAGAUGUAGACUUCCUGUAAUGAGAAGUCCACAGAUGCUGUGGAUUUUCUGAGAGAUGGUGUCAAACAACAGGAUGGUACUUUAAGAAUGUGCUUAUUUACACCUUCGCUGCACAAGUGUGUAUAUGAAGACCUGAGAAAGAAACGAUGCUCACAAAUGAGAGUCUGCGUUAGUUACCGACGAUUUG